CCUGGAAUGAGAACCAGAGCUGAGCAGAUUGCAGUCAGGUGGAGAGAGUCCGCGAAGAAGGCACAGCCAGCACGGCCAGCAGGCGCUGUUCAAACUGUGAGGACAGAUUGCAGAGCGUACCCUCGGUGACAGCAGGGUGACACAUCAGUUCUGUCAUUGUUGGAUCCUGAGACAAAAGGGAAAAUGGCUUCCCAAGACCAAAAGGCCAUCACUCGCAGAGCCAAGGUGGCUCCCACCAAGAGGAUGAGCAGGUUCCUGAAGCACUUCACAGUGGUUGGGGACGACUACCACACGUGGAACAUCAACUACAAGAAGUGGGAGAACGAAGAGGACGAGGAGGAGCCAGCCCCCACAUCGGCCCAAGGCGAAGGCAGUGCCGUGGGUGCAGAUGCCGAGGCUGGCCCUGGCCCCACACCCAGGCCGACCCUGGACUUUAGGAACAGGCUGAGGAAACUCUUCAGCUUGCACAGGUUUCAGGUUGUCAUCAUCUGCCUGGUGAUCCUGGACGCCCUCCUGGUACUUGCUGAGCUCCUUCUGGAUCUCAAGAUCAUUGAGCCAGAUAAGAAAGACGUGGUCAAGGUGUUCCACUACAUGAGCUUUGCCAUCCUGGUCUUCUUCAUGCUGGAGAUUUUCUUUAAAAUCUUUGUCUUCCGCUUGGAGUUCUUCCACCAUAAGUUUGAGAUCCUGGAUGCCAUUGUGGUGGUGGUGUCGUUCGUCCUCGACCUCAUCCUCCUGUUUAAGAAGCACCAGUUUGAAGCUCUUGGCCUGGUGAUCCUGCUGCGGCUCUGGCGGGUGGCCCGGAUCAUCAAUGGCAUCAUCAUCUCAGUGAAGACACGCUCAGAACGGCAGAUCUUAAGGUUAAAGCAGAUAAACAUUCAACUGGCCACCAAGAUCCAGCACCUGGAAUUCAGCUGCUCUGAGAAGGAACAAGAAAUUGAGAGACUCAACAAGCUGUUGAGACAGAAUGGACUUCUUGGGGAUGGGAACUAGCCUUCCAGAAGCUCUACUCUAGAGAAGCUGGGUGGUGGCCAGAGAGCAACUGUGUGCUGCCAAGUCCAGUUCUCAUCUUUGCCUUGGCUUGCACUCCCUGGAUGCUGGGGACACAUCUUUGUCAGCUCUGCUGCCUCUUCGGUGUGACCCAGAGCCACCUGUCCACGCCCUCCUCCUGCAGCAAAUGAAUCAUAACCACCUGUUUUCAGCUGAACUCUGCUGUUGCUUGAAAAUGGACAAGGAAGCUGGGCUUGUAAAACUUAACACCAUCGCUCCUCUGUGUGUAGGGGACCAGCACAUCCUGAGGACAGAAGCUGGCACCUUGCACCAGCCCAUUCUAGAAAACCUUUCUUAUCUCCUGCUGCACCCCUGGGGGAGCCAUCCUGGUGCCCAGCCUCUCCUGGGCAGCACCCAGCUGUACCAUCAGCUUCAAACUGGCUCUGCACCCACCACAUCUCUCUCAAUUACUGUGCAAUUAAUGUAUAAAAUAAGCGCUCUCCUUCCCCUGGGCCCGCCUACCACAUUCUCUCCUUGGUGGCAGCCCACACCAGCUCACCAGUUAUAGAGCUAGCUCACUGCAGGGGGGGCCCCAGACUGCCCUGUAAUUAGCAUCAUAUUGGGGUACAAUGCCCUUGUGGGCACACAUUUUUACACAGCCUCUUGCUCGUUUGUACUUCUCAGAAUGCUGAUGGGCAUUUUGAAGACAGAUCCUGACAGAUAGAGGAUAAUGCACUGUGGAGGCCUGUGACCUGUGUGUGCAGGGUGCUGGAACCCUGACCUGAGCCCCUCGCCCAGCAGAAUUUAAGGUUCCUGGGAGGAAAAGGAGGUGGAGGGGGCAGAGUGCUGGUUUAAGGGUAAUGAGCAACUGGGUUGGUGUCUGCCAGAGCCUUGGGCCUGGGUGCCCACUGCUGCAGAGGAAGACCGUCAGGGUGGGUACUCACUCC